AUGGCUCGUCCACCUGCAUUAGACUCUGCGCCGUACCGUCCACCGUACCGUACGUCACCUCGGUCACCUGUCGAGUUAGUCACAGCAAGCCCGUCCGUACUUUCUCCCUCCCGUCCGAGCCCGCCAUGCCGGUGCCUUGACCGAACCGUCCACGAUCGAGAAGGCGAGACCGUCAAGGCUAGGCCAAGCGAGGCCGAGCCAGGCCGACACGUGGGAUGGCGAGUGCCCCGGCCAUGGACGGAGAGCCUCGCGGUAGGUAGUGCUGAUGGUCUCGCGCGCAGACCCUACACGACGGCCAUGCUGCAACGUCGUGAGAUCAAGUAUAAGACUGCCUCUUCCGUCCGAGCACGAACCGUGCCGUUCCCUUGCCUUGCUUCCGGAGCCAAGACUGCCGCUGCUGGUCAUCGCUUGCUCCCGUCUGCCUCGAUUCCACCUCGAGUCCUAGACCCGAACCGCGACGUCCCAAGCGGUCACGCCGGCCCGGUGAUUAUGUGCUAUCAGCUUGUUGAACUCUACGCCGCAUGCCGCUGUCUCUAUUACCAGCACGCCAUCGACCGAUGCGCAUCCUACGGCCGUCCCGGUCACGGCGUCCAGCCCCGCACAAUCUACGUCGGAUACGCCUGCAGCCUUCACACGUCGCGCAGCGCCCAGCAUGCCCCGCCGCAUAGCUAUGCCGACUCGGGAUACCACAGCGGUCGCUCCACGCACAAGAACGACCACUGA